AUGGUCUUCAGAAUACAGUACCGACGUCCGAAUCAUCAUUCCCCGCCUACUGCCAGCGAGAUCCGGCAGGUAGCUCGCGUCACUGUGGAUAUCUUCGCUUCGCAUAACAUCCCAUGCUGCCUCUUCGGCGGCGCCGCGUGUGCGUUGUAUGGUACCACGAGAACUCCAGGGGACGUCGAUCUCGUAGUUUUCACCAAAUCGCACACGCAAGAAGAGCUUAAGCGACUCUUGGAGAGCAAGAACUCGAGCUUCUACACCGUCGCAGCCAAGACGCCCGGGGCGACCUAUCGCGUGCUGUGGUACCGCAUCCCCGGCACGACGACCUUCGGCGGUCUCCCCAAACUCUGCAAAGUCGAUAUCCUCGUUCCGCCCACCCUCAACAUCCCUUGGGUCCCGCCGGAGCGUAUCGAGCGCAUCGACGGGAUCCCGGUGAUGCCCAUCCUCCCUUUACUGCUAUUGAAGUUGCAGGGAUGGGAGGAUCACACCGAAGCCCACCAGACUCACCUCCGAUUGAAGCAGACGGACGAUGUGAGGGAUAUCAAAGAACUCAGGCGCAUUGCCGCACGGAGGGGCAUAGAUUUGCAGACUACGAAGCCUGAGAGUUGGAUGUCCUCGGCGCUCUUGGACCAAGCACGUGUCAGGCUUGGGAAGGUUGAAGCAGCGGAGACCGCCCUGGAUAGUUUGAGCAGCAUCUUCAACAAUUCACUGACAUUCUGA